AUGAAAAGUGGUGACAUCUAUGACAGGCAAAUCACUGCCUCUUCAGAAUGGGAUUCCAACCAUGCUGCCAUCCAGGGCAGACUCUUCUUUUUGGCAGGUUCCGGCAAACAAGGAUCAUGGUCAGCUAGACACAAUAACCUCGACCAGUGGCUGCAGAUUGACUUACUUGAUCAAAUAACUAAAGUAACCGCUGUGUCAACACAAGGCAGAAAUGGUGUCUCACAAUGGGUGACCAAGUACAAACUGCAGUACAGCGUCGAUGGUGUAAACUUUCAAUACUAUACUGAAGUGGGAGAAAAGGUGAUAUUCCCUAUCAUUGCAUAUCAUUCUCAGCGGUUUCAAGGCAAAACUUAAGCCACUGUUCACACUUAGACACUAAUUAUUUUUUAAUUAACGGAGCUGUGUCACGAAAUUUAUCAAAAUUUAAAAGUGAGAGCUGCCACCAAAUUGAGUGAAAGAAAAAAAUGACAUCACAAAACAUUAAAAGAACCUGAGGCGCAAAUAACACAGCAAAUAUUAAAGAAAGCACCGAAAUGGAUCACAACAAAAAGGGAUUUUAAUCGGCGUUUUUUAGAACUCGUUAGCCUAACAGUUCAAAGUUCAUUUCUGUUGUUUGUAUAGAUUUUGAAAAAAUGCUUUACGAAGUACAUUUAAUUGUCUAAGUUGAGUUCCUUAGCGAAUAAAGACGCGUUGACGAUAUUGAAAAUGUUCAUUUAAUGCAAUAGACAGCUUUGGCAAAGUCCCUUUAACGAUACCUGCCUCUGAAGGACCUCAACUCUUCUUAGUUUGCAACCACGUGACAAGGCGGCCAUGUUAGAUGACAAUACAAUAGAAUUUUUUCUGAAAGAAUUUACAUAAAAAUAGAGUUAAAUUCCCAGAAGAGAGAAAUGCUUUUGUUCUUGUUAUUCAACGUGGCUGCCUUGACGUUACGUACAAACCAGCAAUUGCAUCUUGUUGAUUUAGGAGUUUACUGGAAAUGCCGACCGGGACUCUGUUGUUUUCCACUCACUAAUCAACCCAAUCACUGGGGCACGCUACAUCCGUUUCCGCCCAACAGCCUGGUAUGGUCACAUAUCCAUGAGGGUGGAAGUCUACGGCUGUAAA